AUUGCGUCAUGACGAAGGCGUUCCUGCGCGCCGCACAUCUACGCUCACGGGACUCGGCCUUGAUCCUCUCGCCGAAUAACACUUUUAAACGUCACAGGUCCAUUCUGUCUACUCUGACAUGAGUGACACUUUGGAGUUCAAUGAAAUUUAUCAGGAGGUCAAGGGCUCAUGGAAUGACGGCCGCCUGCGCUUCAGUAAGCAGACAGUGGUGUAUAAAAACAGUAAGACCGGGAAGGUGGACACUAUUCCGGUCCCUGAACUCACUCAGGCCCAGUGGAGGAGAGUCUGUCUGGGUCACGGCAUCAAACUAUGGACCAGCACUGGCCACAUCUACAAAUAUGAUGGCUUUAAAGACGCAGACCUUGAGAAGAUCUCAGAAUACUUCAAAGACAACUACAAAGUGGAGCUAACAGAGAAAGACAUGUGUGUUAAGGGCUGGAAUUGGGGCACUGCUAAAUUUAAUGGGCCGUUGCUUUCCUUUGACGUGAAUGACAGCCCUACAUUUGAGAUUCCUCUCUCCAGUGUAUCCCAGUGUACGACGGGUAAGAAUGAGGUGACAGUGGAGUUUCAUCAGAAUGAUGACACAGAGGUGUCUCUCAUGGAGGUGCGCUUCUACGUCCCACCCACCACAGGGGACGAGGGUUCAGACCCGGUAGAGGCAUUUGCUCAGAAUGUGCUGUCGAAGGCAGAUGUCAUCCAGGCCACAGGAGAUGCUGUUUGUAUCUUCAGAGAGCUGCAGUGCCUCACGCCUAGGGGCAGGUACGAUAUCCGUAUUUAUCCAACAUUCCUUCAUCUACACGGUAAGACAUUUGACUACAAGAUCCCGUACACCACAGUGCUCCGCCUCUUCCUGUUGCCUCAUAAAGACCAGCGGCAAAUGUUCUUCGUGAUCAGUCUGGACCCCCCUAUUAAACAGGGUCAAACACGCUAUCACUUUCUCAUUCUUCUGUUCUCCAAGGAAGAAACCAUCAGCCUCACACUCAACAUGAAUGAGGACGAGGUGGAGAGGCGUUUUGAAGGAAAACUUAAUAAAAACAUGUCCGGCUCUCUCUAUGAGAUGGUCAGCAGGGUCAUGAAAGCCUUGGUCAACAGGAAGAUCACAGUGCCUGGAAAUUUCCAAGGUCACUCAGGAGCUCAGUGUAUAACCUGCUCCUAUAAGGCCAGUUCAGGGCUGCUGUAUCCCCUGGAAAGAGGUUUCAUCUACGUGCACAAGCCCCCAGUGCACCUGCGUUUUGAGGAGAUCGCCUGUGUGAACUUCGCCCGCGGGACCACCACGACCCGCUCCUUCGAUUUCGAGAUCGAGACCAAGCAAGGCAAUCAGUACACCUUCAGCAGCAUCGAGAGGGAGGAAUAUGGGAAGCUCUUCGACUUUGUCAAUGCUAAGAAGCUAAGCAUAAAGAACCGAGGCUUCAAAGAGAAAAAGGGUAUGAAAGGUAACGAUGACAUGUACAGUGACUCUGACGAAGACCAGCACGAUGCAUAUCUGGAGCGUAUGAAAGAAGAGGGCAAGAUCCGCGAAGAGGGCAAUGACAGCGAUGACUCGGAGGGCGAGAGUGAUGAAUCGUUUAAUCCUGGUGAAGAAGAUGAGGACAUAGCAGAAGAGUAUGACAGUAAGGCUUCUGCCAGUGAAAGCAGUGCUGAAGAAGGAGACAGUGAUGAAGACCGCAAGAAGAAAUCAGCUAAGAAGGUCAAAUUUGUCAAGGAAAGAAAACCACGCAAGAAAGAGAAAAAGGUCAAAGACAGCGGCGCCCCCAAGAGGCCAAUGAGUGCCUACAUGCUCUGGCUUAACUCAAGCAGAGACCGCAUUAAAUCAGAGAAUCCAGGCAUCUCUAUCACAGAAAUCUCCAAAAAGGCCGGAGAAAUGUGGAAACAACUUGGCAAAGACAAGAAAGAGGAGUGGGAUGGAAAAGCAGAGGAAGCAAAGAAAGAGUACGAUCGAGCAAUGAGAGAGUAUAGGGAGAGUGGCGGAGGCUCAUCUGGCAGCUCCAAAAAGGAAAGGAAGAAGAAAAGAGGGAGGAAUGAAGAAAAGAGGAAAAGGAAAUCAGGGGCUGGGAGAGAGAAAGAGAAGGAGCGAUCUACAGGCAACGACAGCUUUAAGAGUCGAGAGUUCAUAUCCAGCGAAGAGAGCUCAUCAGAGUCUGACAAAGGAAAGAAACGCAAGCGCAAGGGGUCUGAUAAUGAAAAAGAAGAGGAAGCGGUCAGCACUCCAGCCAGCUCAGAGUCCGGCUCAGACUGAAAGACACAGAAACAGGACAGUGGAACAUAACCUUAACCUACUUUUUCACUACAUUGUAUUGCACAUGACCUGAUGAAAUUCUUAUUUUAGUCUAUAAUGCAUCGUAACAUGCUAAGAUUCUGAAGUGUUUAUACCUUUGGAAAUGGUGAUGUUCACUUUAAAGGGACAGUUCACCCAAACAUUGUAAUUCUGUCAUUUAUUGCUAAUCUAAUGAUCUAAUAUUGUGUUAAAGGAGACUGGAGCUGUCAUGAUUCAAGAUUACUUAUUUUACAGUACAUCAAGGCUCAGAAGAACACAAGGGUAAACUGUCCCUUUAAAAAUGCUGUGUAUUCGUUUUACUUUUGCUUUUAGUGUUGUCCGUGUUCUAAUGACUGUUUACUAGAGGUGUAACGGAUGAUCCAUGAUCUGUACGGAUCACAACCCACAGUUCGGAAUGCACGUGACCACCGGAUUAAUAACUUCUUUUAAAUUUGUAGGUUAAUCCAACAUUUAUAACAGUUGCAGAGAGAUCGCCUCCCGCGUCAAUCAAAUCAAGUGAAUGAAAGCAUUUUGGCUUUCCUGUAAUAUGAUAUAAAUAUUACGAUGACGGAACAAGUUGUGGUGGGACCUAAAUGCUUUCCUUAGGUUAUUAAUUAAAGGUGUUUUCUGUCACAGUUUGUUUAGCUGGCAUUAAUGCACUCAGUGUAAAGCUGCACAAUUAAACGUUAAAAGAUACUGAACUCUAUUCAAACCGCGCAACAUCAAUUAUAAAUGAUAAUAAUUUGCAAAUGUUUAUUAAUCCUUCAAAGAGCUGCUGUCGAAUCUGGGUUUCAUCGAGAGAGAUUCAGUUUUUACACUUUUUCAGUUUGUUACAAACAGUUACAUUACACAGAAGUACUGGGAUAACCCCUGCAGGCACAGGACGUCAACAUGAUGACAUAUUGACGUUGAAAAUGAGUUUGCCAUCAAAACCCAAUGUCAGGCCGACGUCAAUGUCUAACCUAAAAUUAACCUAAAAUCAACCAAAUAUCAACGUCUACUUACACUUUGACGUUGUGUUGAUGUUACCACUAUGACAUCUACCAGAGGUUGGAUUUUUCUCCAUUUCCAACAACAUAAUUUGACGAUGUUAAUGGAUGUCAAAAUAACGUUGUCCUUAGACGCCGGCUAGACAUUGAAUUUUGGUCAUCUGACAUCAUGACCUAAAUCUAACCUAAUAUUAACAUCUUAUGAUGUUGUGUGGCUGCUGGGACAGUCUAUAGUUCAGAUAUAAACACGUUUAUAGUAAAGAUUAAAAUCACCAACUACUGGAACUUGACGCUGGUGAAUGUUGUAGUAAUUACAUUGUUUAACCAAUGGGUGGCGACAAACAACCAUCAAAAUGAUGUCACUGAAAAGGUUUUCAAAAAUGAUACACCUAUAGUGAAACAAGAAGUUUGAUGUGUGAAUUGUUGAAUCAUUAAUUGAAAUAAAUAUAUGUUGCACAAAAUGUUAGGUUUUUAUAUUUAGCAUUAUCAGAAACAGUAGCAAAGAUCAUUUUUCAUAUUGAAUAUUUUACUUUUCAGCUGGUUCAUUCUUGAUUUUGAUUUUAAUUUUUAUUAACACUACAGGUUUCAAGUUCUGUUUGUUGAAACCAGUAGUUUUUGCAGUAAUAUUUUUGUAUAAAUGGAAAGCAAAUGACAUUUGUCUCCUUUUUUUUUUGCUGAUCCGAAAAAUGGUCUGAUCCGUCACUCAAAAACUGUAGUGUGAUCUGAACUGUGACAUUUGUGAUCCGUUACACCACCACUGUUUGCCUGUUUGUACAGAGAUAUUUUACAGUGCUGCUUUUUAGAAAGAUUAGAAACUGUACCGUUGACAUUUCUUAAGCUUGCUCUACACAUAUUUGCAUUGGAAUGGCAGAUUAUGAAACAAAUUGUCAAAUCAUUUUUUCAUUUUUUCUUUAACCAUUUUCGGUUAUGAUCAGUGCUCAACAUGUAUUUUAUACGCUAUUUUGAAAUGUGCACAUUAAUAAUUAUACACAUUUGUUGUGCAUUAAAAUAUGUAUAAAAAAACACUUUAUUGUCUAUUA